AAAUGGUUUUAUUUUGAAAACGUGAACCGGAAGUGUUUCUGUCGGAUUCCUUCCUUGGCUUGUAGCCUAGCAUAAACAAUGCAGCAAAGAGAAGAGAAGCAGCUGGAGGCGUCUGUGGAGUCUCUCGCCUCUCGAGUCUCUCACGUCAAAAGCGCUCUGCACAGUUUCAUCUACAAACUGGAAAAUGAAUACGAGAGAUUAACAUGGCCCUCUGUGUUGGACAACUUUGCUCUUCUCUCUGGUCAGCUGAACACCAUCAAUAAACUUCUGAAGAAUGAGAAAACGCCAUCUUUUCGCAACCAGGUUAUAAUUCCGCUGCUCCUUUCUCCGGACCGAGAUGAGGAUUUAGCAAAACUCACAGAGCAGCGCGUGCCAGUGUUCAGCCAUGAGAUUGUACCAGACUACUUGAGAACCAAGCCUGACCCAGAGGUGGAGGAGCAGGAGAAGCAGCUGAGUGUAGAGGCAGCACGGAUUGGCCCGGAUGUGGCACAGAAACAGAUCCAGACGUUAAAUAAGUUGUGUUCUAAUCUGCUGGAGAAGCUCAACAAUCCUCGAGAUGACAGAGAUUCAGAAAGUUCAGCGAUACGUCAGAACAAACCGUCCUUCAACCCUGCUGACACCAACGCGCUGGUUGGAGCUGUUGCAUUUGGAAAAGGGCUUUCCAAAUGUCGGCCUCCCGGUCCGGUGGCUUCAGGUCAUCCAGGGCAGGGGCCCAUGAUGAGUGGAGGUCCCACCUUACAGCAGGUUACUAUUGGUGGGGGCUCAGGCCAGCAGGCAGGUAUGGGAGGACCUGUGGCUCCACAGCAGCAAGGGCAGCCAGGUAGGAGACCUGGAGAGCUGGGUAAAAUGCCAAGCAGCAUCAAGACAAACAUCAAAUCUGCCUCCAGCGCAAUGCAUCCUUACCCCCGAUGAGCCAAUCCUUAUUACUGUAUUCAGAAUGCGUUGCAUAUCAGAGACUCAAUGACAACAAUUUAUAACGGAGAAAUGUCCAUUAUGUGUUCUUUAUAGAGUUUUUUUUGGAAGUGACCAGCCUUUGUUGUAGUUAUUUCUCUGAUGUCUUUUCCACUGAUAUGCUUAAUUUCACAUUAAAAAUCAUGUUACAAAAAUGUUGAUACUUGCAA